UGUUUUUCAUAAAAAAUUCUUUUUGAUGAAAUUCAUAUGAUAUGAUGUAGUUUUUUGCCCUGAUUUCGAAUAUGAUAUUUAUUUUGCUUGAAAGUUAAAAUUAGACUACAAUUUCAUAGGAAAAUAGUUGAUAUUAGUCCUUUUUACUAUAAAUAAUAUACAAUUGGUCAACAUUGCGAGCCUAUUUUCGUCACCAGUCCGCACUUUUUUUUAAACUUUGUUUAAGCCAUUUUGUAGAGGAGAAAAAGUUGUACAAUAUAUGUCAAAAUCAGUUUGGGUCAAGACAUAAUAACUGUAUAAUAGCGAAAACAAUGAAAAAAAUUGACCUAUUUUUCAUUAAAAAAUAGGUAGUCAUGGACAGUAUUUAACUAAUAAAAUGAGUUUAGCCCACUGAAAAAUAUAAUCUAAAUAGGUAGUUUUGUUCAGCUUUUCAAGCUCUAUCGUUUGGUAUAUUACACUAAAAAUUUCAUUAGUCUCCUGUCUUUUAAAAAAUUCAACUUUAUAUCAAGAAUUUUUGACAAUAUUUUGCUAAUAGCCUCGUGUGAGGAUCGAAAUCUCACACCGAGGUCUGUCCAGCGAGAUAGUAUGACAACAGAACGGAGCAAAAGAAAUGACCAGACGAGGAAUCGAACCUCGGACCUACCGCGUACCGGGCGGAUGCUCUACCAACUGAGCUAUCCAGCCAUAUCUCUUCUCCGUCAUAUGAUCCACAUACUGCUGGAUCAUAACACCUCGUGAGUACUUGAAAGUAAAAUUGGGCUAAUUUUUUAUUGGCUUGACCAAAUGCGCUAAAAAUUUGGAUUUAGAGGUUUUAGAUGAUGCUGAGUAAGAUGAGAAUGUCAAAUCAAAAAACUAAAUUUUGACGAGUGCUUCGAUAUCUAGCAUGAUCCUCGAUAGUCUCAUGGACACUCUCUUAAGUAUUUUUCGAUAUUUUCUAUAGGGAAAAAGUAGUAUAUACCUUUUUGAAAAACGCGUAUAACUUUUGAACGAUAAAAGAUAAAAACCUGCGGUUUGCGUAGAUUUGUAGAUCUUGAUUCGGGCUAUCAUUUGCACUAAUUAAAAGUUGAAAUUCAUCGGACUUUCCCUGUCUGACGAUUUUUUCAAGCUUACAAAGAAAAAUUCCCUAUGUUGAAUCUAAUCAGAAUGGUUGGCUGCCCGAUAGUAGUACGUCCCGUGUCAGGAUCUAUCCAACGGUGAAAACCGCAGGUCUCUAUCACAUUCCCUUUAAACGUUAUAAGCAUUUUCGUGAAGCGCCUUUUUUUCAAAAAUCGAUAUUAGUACUUCCACACAUUCUCUAAUAUAUUUUUGAAAAGAAGAUUUGAAGCUUAUGUUGAUACUGUCACAACUAAAAUCAUGAUUAUUUUAUAAAUAAUAAAGUAACUAAAACUAUGGUAUAAAUAAGGUUCCUAUUAAUCAAGUUCGGCAUCAAAAGUUACUCUAUGAUACUAUAUCAGAAAUAUUUCAACUCAAAUACAUUUGUCAGUCACCGAAAAUAUUUUAAUAACAAUGAAUGAGAAAAAAAUGAUUGCUUUCACUUAAGAUCUGAUCACCCAUGUCGCUCUGUUUUUCAUAAAACCGUCGGUAACCGUCGGUUGUGCUAAGAACCAGAGGUGACCGGUGGUUGAAGCUAGAACGGACGGUUAACCGUGGUUGCCGAUCGGUUUCGACUAGCUGAUUUUAACGAUGAAACGAUAAACAAAAACAAACAAACUAUAUGUACUAAUAUAAAAAAAAUUAGAAAUAAUCAUUAAUAUGAUUACAAUUCUCUUGUUCUACUUGUUUCAUCAAGAUUUAGGGAAACAAAACUCACAUUUUAAAGCUAUACUAAGAUGUCGCUUUUUUCUUUCUCAUUGGAUUGACUGAAGUUGUUCAAGACUUGUUCAUCAGAUAAAGGACAUAAUGAAUGAAUCGAUUGUUGAAGAUAAUUUUUUAAAUUUAUAAUAUCUAUGUAUAUGGUUUCCAUCUUUUUUGUUAAUUUGUUUUGAAACUUCUUGCACAAUCAGUUUUAUUUUUAGAUAUCAAUAUUCCAUUCAUGUAUCAAAAAUCGUUUUAUUCUCGUCGAGUUAUCAAAGAAAAAGGUAAAUAUCAAUUGUAUCACUAGUUUUCGUUUUAAGUAAUAAAUUUUUAUUUUCAAGAUCAAUGUCGCAUUAAAUGGUGAUCAAUUUGGUGAUGAAAAUAUAAUCGUUGACGAUUCACCAUUUAAAUCUACAUUAAUUUAUGUCAAUUCAGAAGGCGUAUCUGUAGAUCUACUUCAGUUAUAUGGUGCUCAAACUCAUAUGGGUCGUUAUGUUGCUCUUGUAAUGGAUAAGUUAUUUAUGUUCGAAGAAAUAACAACCAUUACUAAAGAGGAAUUGGUAAAGGAUGAACGAUACUUAAUUAUUAAAGAAGCAGUUCGAUCAAGAUUCAAGAUGAAUCAUGAAAUGUUACAGUCUGAAUGGUCAACCUUGCAUGAAUGCAUUCUUCAAAAGAGACGCAAUGAAUUGAAGAGAAAAAAACGUAGUGCUGGUUAUAUAACAGUGCAACCUGCACCACAAGUAGCACUGCAAAACAGCUUUGAUGACUUUAUUGGUUCAUUUGCAAAUUAG